CUGUGGCGUCGAAACGUAAACAAAGCUUUUGUGGCCUCUGUUAUAAUUAAAUAGUAAUAAAUGAUUUUACUCAUCAAUUAGUAGUGAAACAUUCAUACAAAUAUCUAACUAACCUAUAAGUGUGAGAUCCAGACAUCCAUAUUACUGAAUAACGGUGAGCCCGCCUGUAUUUUCAUAAACAAUUUACCCUGGAGUCUAUCAAAUCGGUUAAACUUUUGAAAAACGUACUUGUUUUUCAAAAUACGAGCCAAUCACAGCAAAUGUAAAUCCUGCGCAAGCGCAAACACUAAGGCAGGCACUCAAAAUAAAUUCACAGAAUACUUUAUUUUGACAAGUCCAUUGAAGGAUACGCGAGUGUUGCCAGCACAAAUAAACUUUGAUACGUUCAGAAACCACAACUCAAGACAUCGUUAUUUAUAAUAAAAAUAAAGAAUGGAUAACAUUACCGUGAGGAAACCAUUUUCUCGAACACAUUCCAAUAUUGAUCUCUAUGAAAUAGCACACCGCGAUGAGACCGUUUGGAAUUCCACAAUAUUCGAUAAUUCGUCACACAGUUUACCAUCACAAACACUAAACACUUCACAAAACUGUAAUACGAAACUCCAGAGCCAAAUUAAUCAUCUCACACAAGAACUAGAAAGCGCACAUCAAGAAAUUAUGACACUUAACAAUGAAAAUCAUAACCUGAAAAUUACCUUGGUUGAGAAAGACAAACAGAUUGAAAUGCUAAAAAAAUUGAUAUCUACAGAUGUAAGCACCUCCCACAAAAGGACUGAAAGUACACCUUUGAUGAAAAGAAUCCGUAAUGUUCUUCUUAGAACACCGAGAAAUUCACCAAUACACUCAGACUCCAUAAUAAACAAACAAAUACAUUUUUCUCCCAAUAAGUGUCAAACUCAAACAGAAGGUACAAUGAAAAAAGGAAAUUGUGACCUACCCACCAUAUCCGAUAAUGAUAAGCAACCUGCGCACCAUUCGAAAAGUUGGAAGAAAAAUGCAACAGAUGUCACUACUGGUACCAAAAAACCUCAGAUAAUCAUAAUAGGUGACCAAAGAAUGCAAGGAUUAGCGUCAAAAAUUAUAGCAAGCAGGAUGAAUAAAUGGAACGAUGUCUACAAAAUUUCAGCAACUGUCAAACCACAGGCACACACAUCACACAUUUUGUCUACCCUGGAGAGUCAAAAUCUUCGACCAGAGGACGUAGUAGUUUUAGCCGUUGGCUCCAACGAUUACAGCAUAUCUUCCAUUAUAUCGGAACUUAAUAAAUGUCUACCAAAUUUGAUAACAUGUAAAGUGCUUUUACUUAAUGUUCAAAGGAACAAACAUGUAAAUAUCCAUAAACUGAACGAGUCCUUGUGUUCAUUAACAAAAGAAUACAAUAACUGUUAUUUCGUGGAUUUAAAGUACAAUAAAUACGGGACAAACUAUGACUUUUGAAAUAAAACAAAAAAUAAUACCAACUACUUGUUGGACGCAAACUCAACGCGACUUUAACAAAGAAAAUAUGAAAAAAUUUCGAAAUGCUAUAGCAGCUCUGUCAUUCUCGGAAGUUUAUGAAAAGACUAGUACUGACGAAGCUUUCAACAGUUUUCAUGAUCUUUUGUCGUUGUUUUACAAUUUAUGUUUUCCUAAAACUAAGAUUAAAUUUAACCAACAGAAAAUGAGAUCAAAAUGGAUCACUAAAGGUGUAAAAACUUGCACAAAAACAAAACGAAAACUCUAUUAUGAGUAUCAAAAAUCUCGCCAAAAUAAAUUAGCACAUAAAACAAAAUAUAUAUCCUACAGUAACAUGUUAAAGAAAUGUGUACACAAUGCUAAAAGAAACUUUUCUAAUAAAUACUUAAACAAAGCUGAUAAUAAGUGUAGAGCAACCUGGAAAUUAAUAAAUAACAAUAUUGACAUUCAACCAAUUAAAAACCCCAUUGAAAAAAUUAUUACGGAAGAUCAAAUUAUUACAGAUCCUCAACAAAUUUGUAAUAAAUUUAAUGAAUUUUAUAUUAGCUUAGCCAACAACAAAAACAACUCUGAUAUAUCUUCGGAUCCUAUGAAUAUAGUAAGCAACUCUAUGUUUCUUAUGCCAACUGAUGAUGCCGAGAUAGAGAAAAUAAUAAUGAGUCUUAGGAACUCCAGCUCAACUGGGUAUGAUGACAUCUGUACAAAAACAUUAAAACUGUGUGCAAAAGAAUUAUCAAGACCCCUAAGCUAUAUUAUAAAUCUGUCUCUACUUGAAGGAAAGUUUCCCGACAAACUCAAAAUAUCUUUAGUGAAACCAAUAUUUAAGAAAGGAAAUGAGUAUGAUAUCCAUAACUACAGACCAGUAACCCUAAUACCCGUACUGUCAAAAGUUUUUGAAAAGGCUAUGUAUAGUAGAGUUCUAUCGUUCAUAAACCGCAAUAAUAUUUUAUGUAAGCAACAGUUCGGGUUCCGUAAACACAGCUCCACGACAUUAGCAUGUUUUACUUUGCUAAAACAUAUAACUGAAUGUCUUAAUGAAAAAAUUCGUGUGACAGUUGUCUUCCUUGACCUUAGCAAAGCGUUUGACUUUGUCAACCACAAGAAGCUGUUACACAAGCUACAAUGCUACGGUAUUCGAGGACACUGUCAAAAGUGGUUUAAAAGCUAUCUGGAUGAACGUCUGCAGUGUGUUGAAAUAGCGAAAAUUAUAGGGAAUCACAAAGAGAAUGUGCAAUCCGAUUUUAAAUAUAAUAACGCUGGUGUUCCACAAGGUAGCGUAUUAGGGCCACUACUUUUCCUGCUAUACAUCAAUGAACUACCAAACAUAUCAAAACAUGAGACCAUACUAUUUGCAGAUGACACCACAAUUGUUUUCAAAUGUGAGAAUCCUGAUACAUAUGAAUAUGAAAUUAACAGCACAUUACAUAAAUUUAUUGAAUGGCUAAAAAAUAAUGAUCUCUCUAUAAAUAUUUCUAAAACUAAUAUGAUACAAUUUCAAACUUAUAAUUCCAAUCCUGACAAAAUUAAUAUAAUGUAUGAAUCAAAUCAAAUAGAAGAAAUCAAUAAUACAAAAUUCUUAGGUUUAAUAAUAGACAAGCACUGUAACUGGAAGGCCCAUAUAGAACAAGUAAUAAAUAAGGUCGGAAAAUUCAUUUAUGCUUUACGAAACCUCAGACAAGUGGUAUCAAAAGAUGCAGCCCUAACUGCUUAUCAUGGGUAUGUUGCAUCAGUUCUUGCCUACGGGUUACUAUUAUGGGGGCGAUCAACUGACAUCUUACAAGUUUUCCGUAUUCAAAAAAAAUGUAUUCGAGCCAUAGUUGGUAUAAGGAACGAUGAAUCCUGUAAACCUUUCUUCAAAUCCUUAAAAGUACUAACAAUAUUUUCUAUGUACAUAAAAGAAGUAUGCGUAUUUGUUAGAGAACACAUGGACUUGUUUAAAAAGCAAUCAGACACAAAUGAGAGGUCACGCAGAGAUCCAUAUAAACUAACAUUACCGAAGAUUAGGGUAGAUGUAUAUAAACAUAAUGCUUA